CAGCCAUCUACUACUAUAUAUACACUGCACACUCAUAUUCUCUUCUAUCUAUUCCUUGGCCUACUUAAUUAGCUAGCUAGCUUUCUUUCAUCAUAUACAUAUAUAUAUCUCUAUGGAAUUCCCAGAACUCUCUUUGAGCCUGGCUGCCAGCAACUUCAACGGCGACAAUGCUGCAGAUUCCGACCAAGAUAUCAGACUUCCCAUGAAGAGAAAGAUUCAAAGCGGCGGCGGCGGCAGUGUUGACCUCCACCAGCCUUGGAUGGAACCCCUCCCAGUAGAUUGGGAACAAUGCCUUGAUCUUCAAUCGGGGAGAAUGUACUACGUGAACAGGAAAACAAUGAAGAAGACAUGGGAGUGGCCAAAGGAGCAGAAGCAAGCUCAGCUCAACCUCGAACUCAACAUCUCAACCAGCGGCGCUCAUUCCUACGAAGAUCGCCAUCACAAGAAACACCAGCAUCCAUCAUCGCCGCCGUCGAACGGCGCCGGAGGAGAAAACAUGAUAGCGUUGCCGUGCUCCAAUUGCCAUCUCCUGGUCAUAGUUUCUCAGACCUCCCCCUCUUGCCCUAACUGCAAGUUCGUUCAGUACUCCGCCGCCGGUAACCGGUCGCCGGCUAAGCCGUUCCAUUCCGGCCUCAGCCUCUUCAACUGAUGUGAUGAAUGAUAUGAUGAUGAUCGGUACGGUACGGACGACGGGAUCGGAGUGACGUUCUAUAUAUAUACAUACACGUGUUGUACGUAUUUUCAUUUUAAUAGUGUUAGCUAGGUAGGUAUGUUAAUGUAGAUGCUUUUCCAUUUUAUCAGGUUACUGCUACAAUGUUGCUUUUAAUUAAUUAAUUAAUUAUUUUAAU